AUGUCAUCAAGUGAUUCUUCAAAAAAGAAAAGGAAGAUACUAACUUGGGGUGAGAAAAAAGAACUUUGUGAAUUCUAUGAAAAAAAUUUGUCAUUCACAUAUAAAGAACUUGGAUUAAAGUUUGGAAUUGCAGUAUUGUCAGCACCUUCAGAAGAAAUUAUUAUUCAAGAACAAAGUAAAUUGCAAGAAAUAAUUCAAGAAUUUCCUUUGGAAGAUGUCUAUAAUUGUGAUGAGACUG